GCGGCUCAGUCGUUUGCCGGCGGCCGGGAGGUUGGCGGCGCCGCGGGCCCAGGUGAGCGGACCUCCCUGGCGCCGGGAGAGGUGCUCUCCUCCCCCUUCCCCUCUAAGGAUGGCUCAGAAGGAGAACGCCUACCCGUGGCCCUACGGCCGGCAAACGACUGGCCGCUGGGACAAAGGCCCCUCAGCGCCCUGUGCUCCUCCUCAGGCUCACUCCGGCCUGACCUCCCUGCCACAGAGGGUCCUUCAGAAGGACCCCACCACCCCAUCUUCGCUCGUCCUCAUGAACCGCUCCAAUGCCCAGCCCACAGCUGCCCCUGGCCACAACAGCAAUGGGACACCCAACUUAACGCGGCCCUUCACCAUCGAUGACUUUGAGAUUGGGCGCCCUCUGGGCAAAGGCAAGUUUGGGAACGUGUACCUGGCUCGGGAGAAGAAGAGCCGUUUCAUCGUGGCGCUCAAGGUCCUCUUCAAGUCGCAGAUCGAGAAGGAGGGCGUGGAGCACCAGCUCCGGAGGGAGAUCGAGAUCCAGGCCCAUCUACAGCAUCCCAACAUCUUGCGCCUCUACAACUACUUCUACGACCGCCGGAGGAUCUACCUGAUCCUGGAGUACGCGCCCCGCGGGGAGCUCUACAAGGAGCUGCAGAAGAGCCGCACCUUUGACCAGCAGCGGACAGCCACGAUCAUGGAGGAGCUGGCGGACGCCCUGACGUACUGCCACAGGAAGAAGGUGAUCCACAGGGACAUAAAGCCGGAGAACCUGCUCUUGGGGCUCCAGGGGGAGCUGAAGAUUGCCGACUUCGGUUGGUCCGUGCACGCCCCCUCCCUGAGGAGGAAGACCAUGUGCGGCACCCUGGACUACCUGCCUCCGGAGAUGAUUGAGGGGCGCACGCACAACGAGAAGGUGGAUCUGUGGUGCAUCGGGGUCCUCUGCUACGAGCUGCUGGUGGGGAACCCCCCCUUUGAGAGCGCCUCCCACAACGAGACGUACCGGCGCAUCGUCAAGGUGGACCUGAAGUUCCCGCCGGCCGUGCCCGUGGGAGCCCAGGACCUCAUCUCCAAGCUGCUCAAACACAACCCCUCAGAGCGCCUGCCGCUGGCCCAGGUCUCAGCCCACCCCUGGGUCCGGGCCCACUCCCGGCGGGUAUUGCCACCCUCCGCCCUCCAGUCCGUCCCCUGAGCCGUCCGUCAUUUCACUCGGCCUCGUCCGGUUGUGUGUCUGUAUCUGUGUAGUGGGAAGGAGGGGUCUCUGUCUGUUCCCGAUUCUGUCUCCUACCUCCUUUUUAUUUAAUAAAGGCUGCAGCUUUUUGU